CUGUAGGUUAUCUGCCUGGCUAUGUGUUCAUGUGUAGACAAGACGGCCUGACCUUCAUCGACGUCUAUGCACGUUUGAGUUUUUUAAAUGCAUCUUCUUCUUCUUCUUCUUCUUCUUCAGUUCUUGUUCUUUGUGCGCGUUGAGCAUGCAAGUCCGUGUAGGAGAUGUACUCUUUCUCUCAUUGAGCAUGGACGCAUAGCGGUCGGCCUCGUUAUUUCAAUUCGAUUCAAUUCUUCUUCGAGUUGGGGUUUUUAAUUUCCCGAAGAAUCUGAGCUAUGGCCGCGUGCAGCGAAGUUUUCAGUCAUUAGUACUCGUUACCGCCCCGCGCACAGUAGAUUGACCGCACCGUGACGGAUGACGUCAGCCUUUAUCAACGCGAUCUCUUUGUCACCAGGUCGCAAAGAGGUCCACGUGUAGCUCAUUGUUCUUGGACAUGCAGAUCGUCUUCUGUCACGCGUCUCUGUAGUCUGAUCGCCGAUGUUUCCAUCUUGUCUUGGUUGAUUGUUUUGCGUGAACUUGGACGGGAACAUCGCCGAUGUUUCAUCUUGUCUUGGUUGAUUAUUUGCGUGAACCUGGACGGGAAGAUCGCCGAUGUUUCCGUCUUGUCUUGGUUGAGUGUUCUGCGUGAACCUGGACGGGAAGAUCGCCGAUGUUUCAUCUUGUCUUGGUUGAUUAAGUAUUUGCGUGAACCUGAACGGGAAGAUCGCCGAUGUUUCCAUCUUGUCUUGCUUGAUUGUUUGCGGUGAACCUGGACGGGAAGAUCGCCGAUGUUCGCGCACGUACCUGGCUAUCUUCUGUUCGUUCGUCGUCCACUUGGCUGUCCCCAUCUCCUGUUCGCUUUGCCUGAUCGCGGACGUUCCCAUCUUGAUCUUCGCAGGCUGAUUGCAUGACAAGAAGAGCGCCACGUGGCUGUCACCUGUGGCAUCGUCUAUUUUCUUUCUAUUUUCUACUUUCUGUGGGAAAUGAUUGGACGUGAUCGGAAGGGGUGUCAUCAAAUCAACGGCCAGAAAGGCAUGGAGAAGGCUGAGGCGAGCAAAGACGAACCUUGAUUGGCAUCUGAGAAAGCAACGGUGUCGAUUGACAUCUGGAAAGGGUGGGGACAAUCGCAAGGGGAUAAGGGAUAAGCGAACAGAUUGGCCAGGUACGUGCACGAACAUUGGCGAUCUUCCCGUCCAAGUUCACGCAAACAAUCAAGUGGACAGUCGCGAGGGGAUAAGGGAUAAGGGAUAAGGGAUUAGCGAAAGUGAGAGAUCAGUGAAACUUCCGUGAAAAAUCGAAGGGAAUGCAAUCCGCCUUUGGCAUGGCGGCCAGGCUUGGGACUUGGCGCGCAGUGGGACAACUGGUGCAGCAUUUGCCAUCGUCGUCGUCGUCGCCGUCGCCGUCACACAUGCUCUCCGCGGCAGCGCGGGGGCUCGGUGUGCGACCAGCUCUAGCCCGCGCUUAUCGAUCAUCGGCGGAAAUGGCGGGUGGAGUGUCGCUCGUUCAGGGUUCCUCUCGUGGGAUCGGACGUGAAUUUGUUCAGCAAUUGCUUGCGAACCGGAAGGAAGGGUGCGUAAUUGCCACGUGUCGGGAUCCCGCGGGGGCUGCGGAUCUUAAUGCGCUGCACGAGCGGUAUCCCGGCCGUCUGGAGAUCAUCAAGCUGGACGUGACCCAGCCAGAGACGAUCGAGGAGGCAGCAAAACACAUUGCUGACACCUAUGGGAGACUUGAUCUUCUGGUGAACACCAGUGGGGUGCUCCAUAUCCCUAACGUUAUGCGACCAGAAACAUCCCUUGCAAAAUGUGAGAUGAACGCAUUAAUGACCACAUAUCAGGUGAAUGCGGCGGGACCGCUGCUUGUGGCCAAGGCUAUGCAUCAGCUGCUGCGCAAGGGUGGGGGUAAGGGAACUGGCAGGCCAGCUGCCGUUAUUGCCAAUGUGAGUGCCCGUGUUGGUUCGAUCGGGGACAACAGAUUAGGGGGUUGGUACUCCUAUAGGGCAUCCAAGAGUGCUCUCAAUCAAUAAUUUGUCGAGCUCUCGUUUUGCCUGCUACGAGUGGAUCUGAAUUGGAAGUGGGAAGGCGAUCAGAGGCCCGCAUCAGAAAGUGUGGAGUUGCUCGUCAUUCAGGCGUGGAGGACCAAUGUGGCGGGAGAUCUUCUGGGAUUCGUCUUUGGAGCAGUGGAUCGGGGAAACCGAUUACAGAUCGUGCGCGAACUUACGAUUGUGAUCGCGCGAUUGGUCGACGAACUCCCUCUCGACAUCAUCUCUCAGAGCGACGAAGAACCCGUGCCACAUACCCUCUCAAGGACUCUCGCCCCGAGCCUCCAGUGGUCGGCUUGUAUCGAGGAGCGCUGGGCGGACGACCGUUUUCCCUCCCGUAGCGAGUACCAGGACGUCCACAGCUUGACUAAUCCCCGCUUCUUUCGGCAACCAACGGCGUUUGAGUGGGCGGCACUGAGAGCAGAAGAGGAGGCCGAAGAGGAAUCGGAAGGAGAAUUGAGGAGAGAGGUCGGGGAAGCAGCGGCCCGAUUGGCCGAGGACGAGGAAGAAGAGCGCGAAGCAGAAGAAGAGUCGGCGGAAGUUGAAGAAGAAGAAGAAGCAGAGGGGGAGACUUCGGAGGAAGAGGAAGAGGCCUAUAGCGAGUACAGCGAGGGCGAGCAAAGUGAGGAGGAGGACGAAGACGACGAAGAAGUGGAAAGCGGGGACGACCAGGAGCCAAUGCACGACGAGCUCGAGUGGGUGCCAGGACCGGAUAGGCGAGAGGAAAACCCGGAGGCUGCUGCGCAGCGCAAGAAAGAGAUCGCGGAAGGAAAGCGGCUGGCGAUCGAUCCCGCACCAAACGAUCCUUUCAAGGAUACCGAGCCGCCCAAGCCGGAACAUGGAGACCUUGCUUCCACGACCUCGGGCGCCGCGACGACAAGGCGCCGAUCCCGAUCCCGAUUUACACGAUGUCUGUGGAAUUUGCACGUAAAAGAGAUCCGAUCAUCGCGGUUCUUCUGCACCCAGGAACAGGGAAAUGUGCCUGAAGGAAAAUUAUUCACGCCUCAGCUUUCAGUGGGCAAGCUUCUGAGCGUCAUUGAUGAGCUGAAGACGGAAGAUAACGGCAAGUUCUUCGACUGGGAGGGCAAGGAGAUCCCUUGGUGAAAUCACCCAACUCUGCGAGAGAGGUGGGAGACCCAUGUUGCCUGAAGGACGGAAGUAUUGUUAGCGGACGUUUCGGGGCAGGUUAAGGCCCUUGCUCCACUGCUCAACGUCCGGCGCGCAUCUGAACAAUCAUCAUUACCAGGUCCAGAUUCACUAAGAACUGCGUGCAAUGGGAGUUCAAAUCAUGAUGGAUACGAAAAGUGCGGCCAGAAGAAGUGGACGAUCGUUGUAACGGUCGUCCUCCUCGACUUGGCAAAUGUGACGACAAAUAGGGAAUUGUACAACUGGGAGGGUGAAGGGGUAUAUAGUAUAUAGUAUAUACCAAUCUGUGUACGAGGCGAUGGAAGGGGUACAUCUCCCUCCCAAAUUGAAGAUAAGAGGGUUUGUUAUUCCCCUUGAUCCCCUCCAACUGGAAUUACAAGAAAUGUGUAUGCCUCAGAUAUCAAUGAGGGAUGGAAGCAAUCCCUAUCCCCUAACCCCGA